UUUAGUAUAAAAGUUCCUAUUAAAAUCUAGGGAUACAAUCCAAAUAAAUGGGGUCUAACCAUGACUUCGACGUAUGAUUUUUUUAACCUACUAUUGGAGAUGCUCUCAGGGUUGAUCAGAGGCGGGAAGGAAUCACCCGUGUAGUCCGUAGGAAGAAAGGAAGAAGUUUUUUCAUAUGUAUUCUCUAUAUAGUCUGUUCCUAGAAUACGAACCGAGGGAGUGAACGAUUGAUAGAUAAUUGAAAGCGAAAAGAGAAUGAGUGGGAUACUAAUUAGAGAAACAGAAGAGAUAUGGAGAAGAGAAACAGUUCCUCGGGUGCUGCAAAUAGUUAGUACCACCAUUAAUCUCACUCAAAGAGAUUUAAUAUCUCUUUUACUUGUUAGUCCUUGGCUGUACCGGACUCUUGUAUCUUAUCCAUCUCUCUGGCAGGUAAUCGAUUUGCGUGAAAUGAGUAAUGCUGGAGAACGGCUUAUAUCUGCUCUUUCAUUGUCAAGAUACCUUCACAUUAAGCGGCUUAAUCUCGAGUUUGCACAAGACGUUGAAGACAAACAUCUGAAUCUCCUCAAAAGCAAGUGUAAGGAAGCACUUGGAAACUUGGAGUCUCUGAACCUGAAUGGCUGUCAAAAGAUAUCAGACAAGGGGAUUGAAGUUGUCACUAGUGCUUGUCCUAAGCUGAAGGCCUUCUCUAUCUACUGGAACAUAAGGGUGACAGAUUUAAGUAUACAACAACUGGUAAAGAAUUGCAGUUGCAUAAUCGAUAUGAACUUGAGUGGUUGCAAGAAUAUCACAGACAAAAGUAUGCAUCUAAUUGCUGAUCAUUACAAUGAAUUGGAGGAGCUGAAUUUGACCAGGUGUGUCAAGCUUACCGAUGGUGGACUACAACAGAUAUUGCUGAAGUGUUCUUCUCUUCAAUAUCUAAACCUCUAUGCACUUUCAGGUUUCACUGAUGGAGCUUAUAUGAAGAUUUCACAUCUGGCUCAUCUACGAGUUUUAGACCUCUGCGGUGCGCAGAAUUUGUCCAAUCAAGGCCUUUCCUCCAUCGCCAGAUGCAAAAAUCUAGUGUCUCUAAAUUUGACAUGGUGCGUACUUGUUACUGACGCGGGAGUUGUAGCCAUUGCUCGAGGUUGUCCCUCUCUUGAAUUUCUUAGGGAUUAUACAGCUUGUUCGGAAUUCUUGGGGUAACUGAUAUGUGUUUGGAGGUCCUGUCUGGGUUCUGCUCGAAAACGCUAACAACACUUGAUGUGAAUGGAUGUACUGGCAUAAAGAAACGAAGCCGUGAUGAACUGAUUCAGUUAUUCCCAAAACUGACGUGCUUCAAAGUACACAGCUAAGAACUGUUAUAUGAUUACAGCAUUCUGUGAAGAGCCUUCUUAUGGCAACAAUUUGUUCGAAAAAGAAGCAUUUUUACUCGGACAAACAAAUCCUGUUUAUGACGCUGUGAUGUUUCAUAACACAGUCAAUCCAUUGGGAUCCAAUCUCGUCACUUUCCAGCAUAUAUCCAAGUAGAUCGCUGUUCCUUCAUCCUUUCUCCAUUGUUUGGUCUCAGUACGGAGUCACCUGCUUUGAUUUAUCUGAAAUGAAAUGUUUUAAAGGUAAAACUUUUUCUUCUGGGUCAUCUGUCAAUUUGGUUCGGUAUAACCGGCUUGAGGUGUAUUGUUGUUGAUUUUAUACUCUCCAGGUACUGCCCUGUUUUCCAUGUCCAAACCAAGCUGUUCUGGCUGUUUUGUAUGGUUCAAACACGUGUCUUAUUUUAUUUCUACUAGUAGCAAAAUCUACUACUAUCAUAAUUCAUGUAUUGUAUUAGCUACCUUCUUAA